AUGGCCUUUCCUCUAUCAGCCGCCCAUCUUAGUUUUCUGGCUGGACUGCUUGGAAUCUCCUGGCGUUCGUGCCGCAAGAUUCAUCGGGCAACGGGCUGGAUGGCCGUUGUUCUGCUGUCAUUUCACAUCACCGCCGAGCUUCAAGGCCAAAAGUUUAGCUUUUCCCUCAGUGAGACACGAAACCUGCUCACUGUGAUCGUAUGA